AUGUCUGUCGUUGUAGUUGCGCCGCAUAUAGGCCCGUUCUCGAUCAGUGACGGUCCAGCUAACUCGGGCGACAUGGUCUCGGCCACCUGUUCAAUAAUGAAAGGCGACUUUCCGGUAGAGAUCGUUUGGAGGUUUAACGAUAGGGCGAUAGGUUUCAACGAUCCGGACGUAACAAUCACGAGGAUCAAUAAGCAUAUGAGCGCGCUGAGCAUCGAGUCCGUGGCAGCGAGACACGCGGGCGAGUAUACGUGCGUCGCGACGAACCGAGCUGGAAACGUCAGCCACUCGACGACUCUGGCCGUGAACGGUAUCUAUCUGAGAAGAGAACAAGCACGCUUGCACUUCGCGGCGCCCGUUUCUCCUCCAGUUGCACCGCAGAUCUUUCCAUUCACGUUCGGCGACGAGCCGGUGAACUCGGGCGAGGCGAUCUCGGCGACUUGCUCGAUCCUCAAGGGUGACUUCCCGAUGGACAUAUCCUGGGCGUUCAACGGCGUGUCGAUCGACGCCGAGAGAAGCGAUCAGUACACGAUCACGAGGAGCAAGCGGCUGAGCGUGUUGGCGAUCGAUGCGGUGGCCGCAAGACACGCGGGAGAGUACACUUGCACCGCGUCGAACAAGGCUGGAGCCUCGAGCCACACGGCCGUGUUAGCCGUGAACGUCGCGCCGCAGAUCGCGCCGUUUUCCAUCGGCGACGAGCCCGCGAAUUGGGGAGAGGCAGUCUCGGCGGUUUGCACCAUCGUUAAGGGCGAUCUGCCGAUCGAGGUAGCGUGGGCGUUGAACGGCGAGCCUGUCACUAGCAAGAAUCACGGUGAUAUCACGAUAUCGAGUACCGGCAAGCGAGUCAGUCUGAUGACCAUCGAGGCCGUGAGCGCCAGACACGCAGGGGAAUACACUUGCACAGCGUCGAACGCAGCCGGAGCGACGAGCUAUUCGGCCACCUUGGCCGUCAACGUCGCUCCACAGAUCGCGCCAUUUUCUAUCGGCGAGGAACCAGCGAAUUGGGGCGAACAGGUGUCUGCGAUGUGCAGCAUCCUGAAAGGAGACUCGCCGAUCGAGAUACGGUGGAGUUUGAACGGGGAACCGAUCACACGUGCUAGUCACCCGGACGUAAGCGUGACGAAAACCGGGAGAAAGAACUCGGUGCUAAUCAUCGACUCAGUCACCGCGCACCACGCUGGCGAAUAUACUUGCGUUGCGAGCAACUUGGUGGGAUCCGUCAGCCGUUCGGCAGUGUUAUCGGUGAACGUCUCUCCGCAGAUCGCGCCGAUCUCCUUUGGCGAGGAACCGGUGAACGCCGGUGAUCUGGUCUCGGUACAGUGCGUGGUGACUAAAGGCGACUCUCCUCUGGAGAUCACUUGGACCUUCGAAAGCCAGCCGAUCAGAUCCGAUCGAAUGGACGUGAUCGUGUCUAGCUCCGGGAAACGCGUCAAGCAACUGACCAUUGAGUCCGUAGCUGCGAGACACGCCGGGGAGUACACCUGCGUUGCCUCGAACGCCGCUGGAUCGACCUCGCAUUCGGCCAAAUUGGACGUCAACGUCAUUCCGAAAUUAUUGCCGUUCACGUUCGGCGAGAAACCGCUUAACUCGGGUCAAGUAGUAACGGUACCGUGCGCCGUGGUCGAGGGCGAUCAACCCUUGAAGCUCCGCUGGACCUUAAACGGUCAUGCGAUCUCGCCGCACUCUGGAAUCUCAAUCGUGGAUCUUGGCGGACGGGGCGCCAUACUCAGCAUAGGAUCCGUCCAGGCGACACACGCUGGGACGUACACGUGUAUCGCGGAAAACCUUGCCGGAAGGCACGAGCUCUCGGCCGAUCUGAUUGUCAACGUCGCUCCGCAUCUGCAGCCGUUCUCGUUCGACGAGGCCAACUCCGGCGAUCUGAUAAUCGUCCAUUGCGCGGUCGUGAAGGGGGACACGCCGAUUUCGCUCAAGUGGUUGUUCGAGGGACGCCAUUUAGAAGUAGGCGACGGAGUGGGUAUCACCGCGUUGGGGGAUAGAGUGUCCGCUCUGACGAUCCCCGCAGUCAGGGGAGAGCAUGCCGGCGAGUAUGCUUGCGUCGCCGAUAAUCCAGCCGGUCGUGCUAGGCACAGCGCCCAUCUCAAAGUCAAUGGUACAGAGAAACGAGAGAUCACGCACGUAAUCAUGUCUUGCCACGGAUCAGUCCGUUCGAUUUUGGGGAUCAACCGAUUUAUGCGGGGCAGGCCGCCCAAUUGGCGUGCAUGGUGCUGGUGGGUGACACACCGAUCGAUAUUGCCUGGACCCACGAGGACCAGCCUCUGUCGCAAUUCAUGGGAUACAACGUCGGGAAACUCGGCCCACGGACGAGUAUCAUGCUGAUCGAGCCGGUAACACCGGAGCACGCUGGACGUUACACGUGUAUCGCCAGCAAUCCGUCCGGCAAGGCGACGCACGAGGCGACGUUGCGAGUUCACGUACCUCCGCGCUGGAUUCUGGAACCCACCGAUAAGGCAUUCGCUCAAGGCUCCGACGCCCGCGUCGAAUGCAAAGCUGACGGUUUCCCCAAGCCCCAGGUCACGUGGAAGAAAGCUGCUGGAGAUACACCGGGCGAUUAUACCGAUUUGAAACUGAGCAACCCAGACAUCAGCGUCGAGGAUGGAACCCUGUCAAUCAAUAACAUUCAGAAGACGAACGAAGGCUAUUAUCUGUGCGAGGCUGUAAAUGGAAUUGGUGCAGGGCUCUCGGCUGUUAUUUUCAUCUCGGUUCAGGCUCCACCUCAUUUUGAGAUCAAACUGAAGAACCAAACGGCAAGACGCGGAGAACCAGCUGUGUUGCAAUGCGAGGCUCAAGGCGAGAAACCAAUCGGCAUCUUAUGGAACAUGAACAACAAGAGACUGGACCCGAAGAGCGAUUCUCGUUACACCAUCCGCGAAGAAAUUUUGGCCAACGGCGUACUGUCUGAUCUUAGCAUCAAAAGAACCGAGAGAAGUGACUCUGCCCUGUUCACCUGCGUUGCUACCAAUGCCUUUGGAAGCGAUGACACCAGUAUCAAUAUGAUUGUACAAGAGGUUCCUGAAGUUCCAUACGGCCUGAAGGUAUUAGAUAAAUCUGGACGAUCGGUUCAAUUAUCCUGGGCAGCACCGUACGAUGGAAACAGCCCUAUCAAACGCUAUGUCAUCGAAUACAAGAUCAGCAAAGGCUCGUGGGAAACAGACAUCGAUAGAGUGCUGGUACCUGGAUCACAACAGAAUGUAGCUGGCGUUUUCAACUUGAGACCUGCCACCACGUAUCACCUGAGAAUUGUUGCUGAAAACGAAAUUGGCGCGUCCGAUCCCUCUGAUACUGUCACAAUUAUCACUGCUGAAGAAGCUCCUAGCGGUCCACCAACCUCUGUUCGCGUUGACGCCCUUGAUCAGCACACUCUUAAGGUAACAUGGAAACCACCCCCGCGAGAAGACUGGAAUGGCGAAAUUCUUGGAUACUAUGUUGGCUACAAACUCUCCUCCUCCUCUGAUUACAUUUAUGAAACUGUGGACUUCUCGAAGGAAGAUGGAAAGGAACACCAUUUGCAGAUCAUGAACCUGAAGACCUACACUCAAUACAGCGUUGUCGUUCAAGCAUUUAACAAAGUUGGAUCGGGACCAAUAAGCGAGGAACGAAGACAGCACACUGCUGAAGGAGUGCCUGAACAACCCCCUCACGACACCACUUGCACCACUUUGACUUCUCAAACUAUCAGAGUUUCCUGGAUGUCGCCGCCUCUUAGCGCUGCCAACGGAGUCAUUACCGGAUACAAGGUUAUUUACGGACCAUCUGAUACCUGGUAUGAUGAGAACACGAAGGAUACCAAGAUCACUUCCUCCAGCGAGACUAUUUUACAUGGAUUAAAGAAAUAUACCAACUACACUAUGCAGGUUCUGGCUUUCACUUCUGGUGGCGAUGGAGUUAAAUCUGCACCUAUUCACUGCCAAACGGAACAGGAUGCCCCCGAAGCACCUAUCGCAAUCAAGGCUCUCGUUAUGUCGGCUGAAUCGAUUCUCGUUUCGUGGCGUCCACCAAGCCAGCCAAAUGGAGUGAUCACCCAAUAUAUUGUUUACACCAAGGCAGACAACGCGGAAGAACCGACUAGCCAGAAAGUACCACCGAAUCAAUUAACUCACGAGGCAUCUGGAUUGGACAAACAGCGCAGAUAUGACUUCUGGGUAACUGCUAGCACCAAUAUUGGAGAAGGAGAGGCUUCGAAAAUCGUGGCAUUGGCACCAAGCGUACGAGUACCGGCAAAGAUCGCAUCGUUCGAUGAUAAAUUCACUGCUACCUAUAAGGAAGAUGUAAAAUUACCCUGCCUGGCUGUCGGUGUACCUGCACCGGAAGUUACAUGGAAAGUACGUGGCGCCGUUCUCCAAUCUAGCGACAGACUGCGACAAUUGCCCGAAGGAUCUUUGUUCAUCAAGGAAGUCGAUCGUACCGAUGCUGGAGAAUACUCUUGCUACGUUGAAAAUUCGUUUGGACACGAUACCGUUACGCAUCAACUGAUUGUUCAUGGUGAGUGA